AUGUCAUAUGCUGAACCUGGUUCAACACCAUCCCAAGAAGUAUCAUCUCAAAAUUCCUCUAAACCAAAUUAUAGGGGGAAAACUGAUCCAAGCUGGGGGCAUUGUAGACAAGUUAUUGAAGAUGGAAAAGCUGUUAUAAUAUGUCAGCAUUGCAAUAAAGUUAUCAGAGGAGGAGGGAUUAAUCGGUUGAAGAGUAAUUUGGCCGGAGAAAAAGGGCAAGUUGAGCCAUGUAAAAAGGUUCCAGCCGAGGAAAUGUUUGAUGCUGUGUGUAACAUGGGUGCAGGUUUUAAAGCUCCAACCAUGCAUAUGUUACGUGGUGCUUUACUAGAUAGUUGGGUUGAUGAGGUCCAUAAUCUUGUUGAGAGUUAUCGCAAUGUUUGGCAACACACCGGAUGCACUAUUAUGGCGGAUGGUUGGACUGAUCGGUGUAGGCGAACUCUUAUUAAUUUUCUUGUUUAUUGUCUUAAAGGAACUAUUUUUUUGAAGUCUGUGGAUGCUUCUCAUGCUUCUAAAACUGCAGAUUUAUUAUUUCAGUUUUUCAAAGAAGUUGUGCUAUUUGUUGGGCCUGAAAAUGUUGUUCAAUUUGUGACUGAUAAUGCUGCCAAUUAUGUUGCUGCGGGAAGAUUAUUAGAGGCUGAGUUUCCCAAGAUCUUUUGGUCUCCUUGUGCUGCUCAUUGUAUUAAUUUGAUGUUACAAGACAUUGGCAAGUUAGAGGAAGAGGGUGAGGCCGUGACACAUGCUUCAAAAAUUACGAAGUAUAGCAUAUUGGCUCAAAAAGAUGCAUUAAGAUCAAUGGUAACAUCAAGAGAGUGGACACUUUCAGCCUAUUCUAAGGAUGUCAAGGCUAAAAGAUUUGUUGAGCAAGUCUUAGAUUCUAGAUUUUGGAAAGAGUGUGUUGACAUUGUGAAAGUUACUGAGCCACUUGUGCGGCUGUUACGUCUUGUUGAUAGCGAAGAGAAGCCUUCCAUGGGUUAUCUUUAUCAGGCCUUUUAUAAAGCAAGAGAGGAGAUGAUCAAAAGGUUUCAAAGAAAAAAGAGAAAGGUGGAGCCAUACUUGAGAAUCCUAGAUAGCCGAUGGGAUUCACAACUUCGUAAAAAUUUGCAUGCUGCAGGAUAUUGGUUAAAUCCAGGAUGUCAUUUCAAUUCUGAGGAGUUUCAAAAACACGAAUUGACAACGUCUGGUCUUUUAGAUGUUAUUGAGAGGCAUGCAUAUCAGGAUGUGGAUUUGCUAUCCAAUUUAACGGCUGAGAUGAGAAUAUUCAGAGAAUCUGAGUUUGAUUUUGGAAGGCAAGCAGCUAUUUGGGAACGAAAUAAAGUUAUGCCAGAUAAAUGGUGGGAAACAUAUGGCUUGGGUGCACCAAACUUGAGAAAAUUGGCUAUUCGUGUCUUAAGUCAAACUUGUAGUGCCUCUAGUUGCGAGCGAAAUUGGAGUGCAUUUGAGCAUAUUCAUUCAAAUAGGAGAAAUCGGUUAGAACAUAAAAGGUUGAAUGAUCUUGUCUAUGUUCGGUACAACUUAAAACUCCAACAAAGGUAUUAA